UGCUGCAGCAGAACUUCCAGAAAAGGGUUCAGAGCCACAUCACAUGAUAAACAGACUGCCUGCCUCCAUCCAUUUACAACGGCAUUAAAAUUAUCUGGCUGUUGUUUCAUCCUGUUGCCGGCAAUUUUUCAAUAUGACAUUUGAUAAGGGCCGAAGGCAUGAGACGACGCCACGCCCUCGUUUUCCGAAGGGUACGGGCAACGGCUUCUCCCCUUUCCUCUACCUCAGCAAGGGUGGCCUGCGUCAAACGCCUGCCUCUUCGGCGUCACCUCCAAGGACGUCAUCAUCGACCUCGCCACCUGCCUCGUUGUCCCGAGCUUUGCUGGGACGUACAUGAAAAAGGAGGAGGAGAAGCAGAAGCUGCCCAUCCUCAUUCAUCUACAUGCAUGGCGGCGGCUUCGUCAUCGGCUCGCCCUUCUCCUCCACCUACCACGACUUUGUCCACUCCCUCGUGGCCCGCGCCGGCGUGCUUGCCGUGACGGUGGACUACCGCCUCGCGCCCGAGCACCCGCUCCCCGCAGACUUCGACGACUCCAUGGCGGCCCUCAGAUGGGUGGCCGCGCACGCCGGCGGGAACCAGGAGGCGGAUCUGCCUGGCGGGCGAUAGCCCGGGGGCCAACAUGGCCCACGACAUCCUGUGUUGCAGGCGGGCGCGGACGGCAUAGCCAGCGGCGCGAGCGUCGAGGGGCUGGUGCUCAUCCAUCCGUACUUCUGGGGCAAGGAUGCAGUGGGCGGGGACGCGACGGAGCCAUGGCUUAGGGAGAAGCUUGAGAGCUCGUGGGGGUUCAUAAGCUGGUGGCCGAUGGGGUUCGCGGAGGAGCCGCGAGUGAUCCUCCAUCAAAAUCUUGGAGGAAGGAAGGAGGAGGAGAGAGAGAGAGAGAGAGAGAGAGAGAGGGAGAGCGAUGGAGGUGGUGGCGCCGGUGAGAGACUUGCACUUCGCCAGCACAUACACUAGCCCCUCCGUGAGCGCACCGUCGAGCCCGAAGCGCGUCGGCCACCACUUCGACUUCUUCCACCACUACACCAGCGCGCCCACCAGUCCUUCGCGCGCCUCCGCCAUCUACUCCCACUUCAACGCCAUGGAUCCUCUCCCUCCCCCGCCCUCGGCUGGCGGCGUCCCCUUCGACUGGGAGGAGACGCCCGGCACGCCCAAGUCCCGCGGCAGCCCCGCCAAGGAUGAGAAGGGCGACGUGUUCGACUUCGCCUUCGACUUCGGUGACAAAGAAGGCCUACCGAUGCUCACCACCGCCGACGAGCUCUUCGAAGAAGGGAAGAUUCGGCCACUUAAGCCACCUCCUCGCCUGCAGUAUCCAGCUGCGGGUGACAGAAGCAGCGUGGCCUCCUCGCCGAGGGCGAGGGGGUUGUGGUCUCCCCGCCAUCGCGGUAGGAGCGCCGGGGGAGAAGAGUUCGACCCCUUCACCGCGGCGAUGGUGGAAGCGACGAAGGAUAGACGGAGGGAGAGGACACCAACGCCUCCCCCUGUUUCUUCUUCCACAAGCCCCACCCUGAAGAGCGGCGGCGGUGGAAGCAAGAAGUGGCGGCUGAGGGACUUGCUUCUGUUCCGGAGCGCGUCAGAAGGACGCGCCACCGGCAACCGGAGCAAGGACCCUCUCCGCAAGUACACCUUGCUGUCAUCAACAUCGAGCAAGAAAGUCGUCGCCGAGGACGCCAAGCACUCAAGCUUCAGAUCGACCGAGACACCCCUGCCGUAUCGGCAGGGCCUCUUUGGCUGCCUGCGCUUCAACCCGGCUGUGCUCAGCAUUUCCAAAGGAUUCGGUAGCCACUCGUUCGGCCGCCGCCGGUGACGGCGACGAGAACCACUCUGGUUAUUGUUGUCAUUGUCGUCUUGCAUUCAAUCUGUAUGCUUUGUGGUCAAGUUCUUUUCCUUUUUGCUUCAUUCUGUAAUGAAAGAAUAGCCAUGUUUGACAUCA